GCUGAUGAGGGAUCGGCAGGCCACAGGACUCUUGCCUGCCUGUCCUGUCCUCAAACAGCUACCUCUAUCCACGGAUAAAGAAGAAAGCAGUUGGAAGCAGCUGUACCUGUUCUCUUUUCCUCCUCUUUUUUUGCCUUUGCACUGUCUCUCUCUCUCUCCACACUGGAGAGAGAGAAACAAAAUUAAGGCUGUGUUUGUUUUUCUUUCUGUCUUUGUAACGCUUCUCAACUUUGGGAACAAAUAUCUUACCGGAAAGACUUCGCCACUAAAUGCGGCAUGGGGUCUGAUGAGUCGUAUAAUUUUGUCUUCAAAGUGGUUUUGAUAGGGGAGUCUGGCGUAGGAAAGAGCAACCUUCUGUCUCGCUUUACCAAGAAUGAGUUCAAUCGUGACAGUCGCACCACCAUUGGCGUCGAGUUCAGCACGCGGACUGUUCAGCUGGACAACUACGCCAUCAAAGCUCAAAUCUGGGACACAGCGGGGUUGGAGCGCUACAGGGCUAUCACCUCAGCGUAUUACAGGGGAGCAGUUGGCGCACUGUUGGUCUACGACAUUAGCAAACACCUGACCUAUGAGAGCGUAGAUCGAUGGUUGAAAGAGCUGUUCGACCAUGCUGACCCUCACAUCGUGGUCAUGUUGGUGGGAAACAAAAAAGACCUGGAUACCCUUAGGACCGUGCCUACAGAGGAGGCCAAGGACUUUGCAGAGAAGAGAGGUCUCAUGUUCAUGGAGACAUCAGCGUUGGACUCCACCAAUGUCGAAAAUGCUUUCAGUGAAGUCCUCAAAGCGAUCCAUAAGAAGGUGGCCAGCAGAGAGGUGACCCGUGGCUCCAUCUGUGCUGUAACCCUGUCCAACCCCACCAGCGAGGCACAGGAGGGGCGCAGAAACUGCUGCAAGAGCUCCUAACUGACUGCUGCCCUGUAAAGAUCUGCUCUGCCCAUGUUGAACCAACAUCACGCUUGACUCGUUGAAGCUUACGCAUGAUUGACAUGCAAUUUAAAGAGUGAGGUACCUGCUUGACACUUGAGCAGUCAGUGUACAAAACUAUAUAUACACUACUGGUCAAAAGUUUGGGGUCACUUAGAAAUUUCCAUUCCACCCCCUUAUAGACAGAAUACCAGCUGAGAUCAGUUGCAUUUU